CAAUUUAUCAGCAUUGCUUGUAAUUUAUUAGUACAUAUUUAUUAAUACUGUGUAGACAAUAACAGAUAAAAUGUCCUUAUAAAUAUUAUAGAUGUAACAGUGAAGUAUAAUAGACAUACGCAAAAUGAAAACUGUGCGUAAUAUAUUUUAUUAAAGAAUAUUUCCAUUAAAAUAUAUAUACUCCUUCUUGCCUAAAUGGACGUUUAUUUGUGAAACUGUAAAUGUUUCAUUAAAUAGUUGCCAGAACUUUUUUAAUAUGAGUGAACAAGUUGAUCCAGGACGGAAACCAGUGAGCAGAUGGAGAGUUGUAUUAUCACAGGUGUUGGCGUGUCUCGCAUUGGACUUCUUACUGAUCGGACUGGGCAUGUCGAUCAGCUUUGUAACAAUGGUAUUACCUGAAGUAUUAGAUGCAAAGGAGGGCCUAAGCCUCAAUAAGAAACAGGCGUCCUGGUUUGGAAGCAUGGCAUUUCUAUGCCAACCAUUUGGAAGUCUAUUCUCCGGUCCACUACUGGAUUACUUCGGUCGGAAACGUGCCUUAUUUCUAGUAAAUAUCCCCCACGUGGUAGCCUGGUUACUGAUGCACUAUGCCUGGAAUGUACCAUCGCUUUUCAUAGCAAACGCACUGCUGGGUAUAGGAACAGGCAUCAUGGAAGCGCCUUCAAUCACAUAUGUUGGUGAAGUAAGUGACCCUUCACUUCGAGGGUUUCUCACUACUCUAACGAAUGGGUUUACAUCCACCGGCAUCUUUGUGGCUUACUUGCUGGGAACAGUGUUGCCAUGGAGACAAGCUGCUCUUGUUGCUCUUGUGGUUCCGCUGCUCACUAUGCUUCUAGUCCUGUUUGUUCCUGAGACUCCUGUAUGGUUAUUAUCGAAAGGUCGUAAAAAAGAAGCAUUGCAAUCGCUUUGUCGUCUCAGAGGUUGGGUAAAUCCAGAGGACGUUAAAGAAGAGUUCGAUAAGUUAAUCCAAUAUGGCGACGAAAUACAAAAAUGUGUCAUAUGUGUCACAGAAGGAAAAACUGAAAUGGCUUGUGAACAUUCGAAAAUGAAUUUCUUCCGAAAGAUUAUAUACAAAUUUAAAUACAUAUUGAUGGUGAAAGAAACAACAAAACCUCUCCUUUUGGUAAUGGCGUACUUCCUAUUCCAUUCCAUGAGUGGCUUCAUACCGAUCAGACCAAAUAUGGUCAACUUUUGUAAAGCGUUGGGUAUGAAAUACGACUCUAAAGUAAUUGUGGUUUUCGUCGGUGCUAUUUUAAUACCAAUAAACAUCGUCGCUGCAAUUAUAAUCAAACGUAUUGGAAAGAGGAAAUUGAUUUUGAGUGCGCUUCUCUGCAAUGCCAUCUCCUGUCUUGCUAUUAGCAUCUACGCCACCACUAGAUUAUCUCCAGAUGUUUUCUCAUAUGAAUUUAGCACGUUCCCGGAUAAGAAAGAUAUUUUACCUGUUGUGCUGUUUAUGUUGUUAGUCUGCACUAACAGCUUGGGUAUUCCUUGGGUACUGUUGUCAGAAGUAUUUUCAUUCAGGAGCCGCGGAAUGGCCACCAGCCUUGCAGCCGCGUAUAGUUACGUCAUAUACUUCAUAGCAACAAAAACCAAUUACAACUUGGAGGCAUUUUUCCACAUAAGCGGUACAUUUGCCAUAUAUGCUGCGUUUGGUAUAGGUGGCACGAUAUACCUAUACCUCUUCUUACCUGAGACUGAGCGCAAAGAUUUAACCGAAAUAGAAGCAUUUUUCAAAGGAGAUAGACGAAUAUACGCUGAUGAUUGUUUUAUUAAUUCAUUUAGAAAGAAACCGAAGGAUAUUCAUGAUGCUGAUAAACCAAUGCUAGUUAAUUAUAAUUGUAAUGAUAUUGCAAAGGCAUAAACUUUUUGGUGUGUAAUUCUAUGAUUUACAAUUAAUAUACAAUCAUGUGUAAAUUAGAAAUAAAAGUCUAGUGUGAUACCUAUAUAAGACGAAGAGAAAACAUUUUUUAUGUAAUGCGAUAUGGCUUACCUAACGGUAAGUGGUAGCAUACAUGAACAUUACAAAGAACAUCAUGUGACACCCGUGAUACCACACAUGCGUUGCCAUUCCAUAGGACCAAGAUAUCAUGCCUCUUAUCUUAUAACUACACUACCUGAACCUACCCUACAACGGAAACACAGCUAUGAAACCUUGACGGCUUGACUGAGGUACCAAACCUAGCGACUUAUUACACUCUACCUCUCAUAAAAUAUAGACUAAGUGAACACCCUAAAAUGCUAGAAGUCAAAAAUUAUAAGUAGCUGUAGAAAGUAGGUCUACUACUAAUGAGGAUGACGUUGACGAUAUUUUGUAUACAGGGGCGGAUCGUGAAUUUGUGGGGCCCUGAGCUAAAUCUUCUUAGGGCCCUACAUAAUUAUAUUAUUCAAGUAAAAAAAUACACCGACCAAAAGCAAGCGACCAGAAAUUCCUUUCGAUAGACGUGCGCUCGCAUAGGUUGAUUGAUCUCAGUGUUGCUAACCUUAUGAUAGCUUUUUUAACAUUCUAGAUAUUUUCUUAUAUUCUAAAUAUCGUUUCAGUGGGUAUGGAGGCCCUUUGUAUCCUCGGGGUCCUAGACUGCAGCCCAAAAAGCCCUUAGGUAGAUCCGCCUCUGGUUGUAUAUUAUAAUUGCAAUUUAAACUAUUUUAGGAAAAGCUCGAAUAGUGCUAUGCUGUGUGAUAGUAAACAAUUUUAUUAAAGAAGCACUAUUUCAUGAUAGAAUUGUAAAUAUUUGCAGAAUCGUAAUAUGUAAUUAUAUUUUAGUUAAUGAUGACCACUUCAUGCAUAAUUAUUAUUAUUGGCCAGGGUUAUUACUGUGAUAUAUGCAUAUUCCCCAAUUUUAUCUAUUAUUGUUAUUUCUAUACAAUAUAUUUAGUGUAGUUAUAU